AUGGCUCCUACUUCAGGAUGGGCGAACUCGAACCUACUCAGCUCGCACCACUCUCAGCAGCCCACCUUCACACAUAUCGCCGAACCUGCACAUCCAGGUCCAAGGCUCAGAGUAGAAAUCAUCGAUAUGUGUCAAAAGAUUACGACCACCUACCAAUGUGGGUGCACAGCGGUGACCUGGGUCAAGACGUCAGGUUGCUCUGGCGAUGGUGAGAAGUGUGACCGGAAGAAAUCCGUCUCAUUUAAGAACGAUGAUACCUGCGACAAGCACGGCGAGAACGGCGAAAGGUCAAAGACUAAACUCCGAUAG